AUGCGCGGCGCGGGCGCGGGGGCGCUGCUGGCGCUGCUCCUGCUGCUGCCGCGGGGCCCGGGCGGCGGGGCGGCGGGGGGCCCGGCGGGCGAGCGGGGCGCCGGCGGGGGCGGGGCGCUGGCCCGCGAGCGCUUCAAGGUGGUCUUCGCGCCCGUGAUCUGCAAGCGGACCUGCCUCAAGGGCCAGUGCCGCGACAGCUGCCAGCAGGGCUCCAACAUGACGCUCAUCGGCGAGAACGGCCACAGCACCGACACGCUCACCGGCUCCGGCUUCCGCGUGGUGGUGUGCCCUCUGCCCUGCAUGAAUGGUGGCCAGUGCUCCUCCCGAAACCAGUGCCUGUGCCCCCCGGACUUCACCGGUCGCUUCUGCCAGGUGCCCGCCGGAGGAGCUGGCGGAGGCGCGGGGGGCUCGGGCCCUGGCCUGGGCAGGGCCGGAGCCCUGUCCACAGGCGCGCUGCCGCCCCUGGCUCCAGAGAGCGAGACCGGGGCCAGCAAGCACGCCAUCUACGCAGUCCAGGUGAUCGCCGACCCGCCCGGGCCCGGGGAGGGGCCCCCAGCCCAGCAUGCCGCCUUCCUGGUGCCCCUGGGGCCCGGCCAAAUCUCUGCGGAAGUGCAGGCCCCGCCCCCCGUGGUGAACGUGCGUGUCCACCACCCGCCUGAGGCCUCCGUCCAAGUUCACCGCAUCGAGGGGCUGAAUGCCGAGGGCCCAGGCCCCUCCCAGCACCUGCUGCCGCACCCCAAGCCCCAGCACCCCCGGCCCCCCACCCAGAAGCCCCUGGGCCGCUGCUUCCAGGACACGCUGCCCAAGCAGCUCUGUGGCAGCAAUCCCCUCCCAGGCCUCACCAAGCAGGAGGACUGCUGCGGGAGCAUCGGCACCGCCUGGGGCCAGAACAAGUGCCACAAGUGCCCGCAGCUGCAGUACACAGGGGUGCAGAAGCCAGGGCCUGUGCGUGGGGAGGUGGGCGCCGACUGCCCCCAGGGCUACAAGAGACUCAACAGCACCCACUGCCAGGACAUCAAUGAGUGUGCCAUGCCGGGCAUGUGUCGCCAUGGUGACUGCCUCAACAACCCUGGCUCCUAUCGCUGCGUCUGCCCGCUGGGCCAUAGCCUGGGCCCCUCCCGCACACAGUGCAUUGCCGACAAGCCGGAGGAGAGGAGCCUGUGCUUCCGCCUGGUGAGCCCCGAGCACCAGUGCCAGCACCCGCUGGCCACGCGCCUCACCCGCCAGCUCUGCUGCUGCAGCGUCGGCAAGGCCUGGGGGGCGAGGUGCCAGCGCUGCCCAGCUGAUGGCACCGCCGCCUUCAAGGAGAUCUGUCCCGCUGGGAAGGGCUACCACAUCCUCACCUCCCACCAGACGCUCACCAUUCAGGGCGAAAGUGACUUCUCCCUCUUCCUGCACCCCGACGGGCCGCCCAAGCCCCAGCAGCUGCCCGAGAGCCCCAGCCGGGGGCCGCCCCCUGAGAACGCAGAGGAAGAGAGAGGGGUGAGCACCGAGUCACCAGGGACCGAGGAGCAGCCCGCACAGCAGAGCCACCCGACCGCCACCACGUCUCCUGCCAGGCCCUACCCCGAGCUCGUCUCCCGGCCCUCGCCCUCCACCGUGCGCUGGUUCCUGCCCGACCUGCCCCCGUUGGAGAUCGCCCCUACUCAGGUCACAGAGACGGACGAGUGCCGGCUGAACCAGAACAUCUGCGGCCACGGCGAGUGCAUCCAGGGCCCCUCGGGCUACUCCUGCCACUGCAACCCGGGCUACCGGGCGCACCCGCAGCACCACUACUGCGUGGACGUGAACGAGUGCGAGGCGGAGCCGUGCGGCAGCGGCCGCGGCGUCUGCAUGAACACCGGCGGCUCCUACAACUGCCACUGCAACCGCGGCUACCGCCUGCACGUGGGCGCCGGGGGGCGCUCGUGCGUCGACCUGAAUGAGUGUGCCAAGCCCCACCUGUGCGGCGACGGCGGCUUCUGCCUCAACUUCCCCGGCCACUACAAGUGCAGCUGCUACCCCGGCUACCGGCUCCGCGCCGCGCGCCCGCCGCUGUGCGAAGACAUCGACGAGUGCCGAGACCCCGGCUCCUGCCCGGACGGCCGCUGCGAGAACAAGCCGGGCAGCUUCAAGUGCACCGCCUGCCCGCCGGGCUUCCGCAGCCAGGGCGGCGGGCCGUGCCGCGACGUGAACGAGUGCGCCGAGGGCAGCCCGUGCGCGCCCGGCUGGUGCGAGAACCUCCCCGGCUCCUUCCGCUGCGCCUGCGCCCAGGGCUACGCGCCCGCCGCCGACGGCCGCCGCUGCCUGGACGUGGAUGAGUGCGAGGCCGGGGACGUGUGUGAUAACGGCAUCUGUACCAACACGCCAGGCUCCUUUCAGUGUCAGUGUCUCUCCGGCUAUCAUCUGUCAAGGGACAGGAGCCGCUGUGAGGACAUUGAUGAGUGCGACUUCCCUGCAGCCUGCAUCGGGGGUGACUGCGUCAACACCAAUGGCUCCUACCGCUGUCUCUGUCCCCAGGGGCACCGACUGGUAGGCGGCAGGAAGUGCCAAGACAUAGACGAGUGCAGCCAGGACCCGGGCCUGUGCCUUCCCCACGGGGCCUGCGAGAACCUGCAGGGCUCCUACGUCUGCGUCUGCGAUGAGGGCUUCACGCCCACCCAGGACCAGCACGGCUGUGAGGAGGUGGAGCAGCCCCACCACAAGAAGGAGUGCUACCUGAACUUCGAUGACACGGUGUUCUGCGACAGCGUGCUGGCCACCAACGUCACCCAGCAGGAGUGCUGCUGCUCGCUGGGGGCCGGCUGGGGAGACCACUGUGAGAUCUAUCCCUGCCCGGUCUACAGCUCAGCUGAGUUCCACAGCCUCUGCCCGGACGGGAAGGGCUACACCCAGGACAACAAUAUCGUCAACUACGGCAUCCCAGCCCACCGCGACAUCGACGAGUGCAUCUUGUUCGGGGCGGAGAUCUGCAAGGAGGGCAAGUGCGUGAACACGCAGCCCGGCUACGAGUGCUACUGCAAGCAGGGCUUCUACUACGAUGGGAACCUGCUGGAGUGCGUGGACGUGGACGAGUGCUUGGACGAGUCCAACUGCCGGAACGGCGUGUGCGAGAACACCCGGGGCGGCUACCGCUGCGCCUGCACGCCCCCCGCCGAGUACAGCCCGGCCCAGCGGCAGUGCCUGAGCCCCGCGGAGAUGGACGUGGACGAGUGUCAGGACCCCGCAGCCUGCCACCCUGGCCGCUGUGUCAACCUGCCGGGCUCCUACCGCUGCGAGUGCCGCCCGCCCUGGGUGCCCGGGCCCUUUGGCCGAGACUGCCAGCUCCCCGAGAGCCCGGCUGAGCGCGCCCCGGAGCCGCGGGACGUGUGCUGGGCCCAGCGCGGGGAGGACGGCAUGUGCGCGGGCCCCCUGGCCGGGCCCGCCCUCACCUUUGAGGACUGCUGCUGCCGCCAGGGCCGCGGGUGGGGUGCCCAGUGCCGCCCGUGCCCGCCGCGCGGACCUGGGUCUCAGUGCCCCACCUCGCAGAGUGAGAGCAAUUCCUUCUGGGAUGCGAGCCCCCUGCUGCUGGGGAAGCCGCCGCGCGAGGAGGACAGCUCGGAGGAGGACUCGGACGAGUGUCGCUGUGUGAGCGGCCGCUGCGUGCUGCGGCCGGGCGGCGCGGUGUGCGAGUGCCCGGGCGGCUUCCAGCUGGACGCGUCCAGAGCCCGCUGCGUGGACAUCGACGAGUGCCGAGAGCUGAACCAGCGCGGGCUGCUGUGCAAGAGCGAGCGCUGCGUGAACACCAGCGGCUCCUUCCGCUGUGUCUGCAAACCGGGCUACGCGCGCAUCCGCCCGCACGGGGCCUGCGUGUCCCAGCGUCCCCAGCGUCGCCGCUGA